AUGGAAACCGUCGCUAGAAGAAGAGGUGGUGGAAUUUUCGAGAGUCUUUACAAGGUCGUUAUGCGUCGCAACUCGGUAUAUGUUACCUUUGUCAUCGCUGGUGCCUUCCUCGGAGAACGGGCUGUUGAUUAUGGAGUCCACAAGCUCUGGGAGGCUAAUAAUGUUGGGAAACGAUAUGAAGAUAUUCCUGUGCUAGGGCAAAGGCAGUCAGAAUAA